AUGGCGAAACUACAAAUAGUGUUCUUGCUUGUUCUGCUAACGGUACUGAAGCUAUCGGCCCAGGAAAGUGACAUCACGUUCGGGGUUUUCCGCCAGAAGGAAUACUACUUCAGCAAUUCCUUCAAGCUCAACUGGUUUAAGGCGGUAGAGUACUGCCGAUCGCGUGGAAUGUACCUGUUGUCGAUAAGGAACGCCGAGGAACGGGAAGCUGUCAUCGAGUAUCUGACCAGCACGGGCUACCCAAAAACGCACAAAACCCUUUACGCCUGGAUAUCCGCAAACGAUCUCGGUGAGGAGGGAGAAUUCCACUGGGCAUCGACCGGAGAGCGUGUUAACUACCAGAACUGGAGCGAAACCGAACCGAACGACUACAAGAUCGACGAUUGCACCGGGGAAGACUGCGCCAUCCUGGAGUAUUGGUCGGAGGGUGGUGCAAACUAUAACUACACAUUUAACGAUCGAUCCUGUAUGCGGGAAUUUCUGUUCCUCUGUGAAACGCUUCCGGCAUGA